AUUUUUCUUCAUCAUUUCAUCCUAGCUUCCCUUGUCUCUUCAUCAUUUCAUCCUUUGCUGCGCUUCCCCUUUUCCACUGCCGUUCAUGGACCCCUCCGAUUUUCCCCUCAACAAUUCUCCCAGGAGGGAACUCCAGGGUCCCCGCCCUACCCCGUUGAGGGUCCGGAAAGACUCUUACAAGAUCAGGAAGCCGCCGCUAGCACCGCACCCCUCGCACCCACAACAGGCGCCGCCGAGGCAGCCCGUGAUAAUCUACACCGUCUCGCCAAAAAUCAUCCAUACCAACCCCAGUGACUUCAUGAACCUAGUCCAACGCCUCACCGGCGCCUCAUCUUCAUCCACAGCCUUAUCUUCCCCCGGUGUCUCCACCGCCUCCCAUCCCUUCAACGACAACAGCGGCGCAAUCUCACCGGCGGCAAGGUAUGCUACUAUAGAGAAGGCGAACAAUUCUCCGGAAGGGAAGAAACAAGCUGAUGAAAAUAUAGGGUUUGUGGAGGGGAUAGAGAUGGGUCCUGGGGUUGAGAGGACAAGUUUGUUUCCGGGGAUCUUGUCGCCUGGACCGACGUCGCUGCCUCCGAUUUCGCCAAACUUCUUUUCUCCGGGGUUUGAUCCCAACUCUAUCAGCUUCCUCCACGACUUAAGUCCUGUUGUUCAUGGUAACAGGAAUUUCAUAGAGGGUAGCUUCAUGCCCAGUCCUUCAAACUUCAUUUAUUCAUAUCCAUCUCCAUCUAUUGACCUUUUCAAUAAUUUGUUUGACCUUUAAAUUUAAUUUUCAUUUUGUAUGGAAAUUAAGAUAGAGAUUUAGAGAUGAUUUCAUUUUUAUUUCUAUUUUUUGUAUUUUAUUUUGAUUAUUAUUAUUAAUUUUUGGAGAGAAGUGAGGAUGGAUGUGUAAUUGACUCUGGAAGGGGGGCAGAUUAGAGAGGAUGAAAGAAUGAGGGACAAAAAUGUAAAAUUACAUUGUUCGCCUUUUUGGUAGGUUGGCUAGUUGAAAGCUUCUUAAUGGCAUUAUCUUCUU